GUGUUCUUGCCUCUCCAUGUGCAGAACUUAGCAACACACAACCAUCAAAAGGCAUCAAAGAAGCACAUCUUGCCUGCCUGGCGAUUGAGAUCCACCUCGAGUCUCCCAUCUCCUGAUCAACCUCCCCGGGUCUCAACUCUCGCAACCCCGGCGCAGAGACUCGGCAGCCUAUCGAUACGCACAUCAACACACGCACUCUUUAUCCGCCUGUGCCUGUGUCUGCUGUCGUAAGCGCGCACCAAGACCAGAAGACAUGGACCGAACAAAGCAGGCUUGUCUUCGCAACCCUGACGACUUCCCGACCCUCCAACUCUUCCUCCUCGCCAUUGUUCGCCUUGCCGAACCAAUCGCUCUCACCUCCAUCUUUCCAUAUGCCUGGCCUCUCGUCAAGAGAUUCAAGAUCGGAAGCGAGGAAGAUGCCUCCUUCUACUCAGGUCUCCUCAUCUCCUCCUUCUCCCUGGCCGAAGCCCUGAUGGGCAUGUACUGGGGUGGCUUGUCUGACCGCGUCGGCCGCAAGCCUGUCCUGAUCCUCGGCUGCGUGGGCACCAUGCUUAGUAUGAUCAUGGUCGGAUUCGCUUCCAACAUCUGGAUCGCUCUCGCCGGCCGCGCAAUUGGAGGUUUCCUCAACGGCAACAUUGGCGUCAUCCAGACCAUGGUUGGUGAGCUUGUCACCAAGCCCGAGCAUGAACCGAAAGCCUUUUCCGUCAUGCCCUUUGUCUGGAGCAUCGGAACCAUCAUCGGCCCUUGCAUUGGUGGAACCUUUGCCGACCCCCACGACUCCUGGCCCGAUGCCUUUCCCGUGGGUUCUCUAUUCGAGCGAUACCCCUAUCUGCUGCCCAACCUGGUCUGCGCCGCUCUUCUGUUCAUCAGCAUCGUCAUGGGCAUCUUCCUGUUGGAGGAGACUCACCCCGACAUGAAGCCCCGAGUUCUCCUGCCCGCAGACACCUACCUCUCCGAGGAGACGCCGCUGCUGGAGACGUCCGACGCCAUGAAGCGCCCGGCAGUGGAUCUGCGCGAUGAGACCUAUGGAACGAUUCGAGGCAACAGCGGCGAGGAGUGCCCCGACCGCCAGUCAAACGAGGCGGCUGCGGAAAAGAAGGCGCCCAGCUCGAUCUGGAACCAGCAAAUCGUCGGCUUCAUUGUCUCGCUCUGCAUCUUCACCUACCACUCGAUGACCUACGACCACCUCAUGCCCAUCUUCUUCGAAGAUGACCGAGUCUCGGUAAAUACUCUCUCCAAAGUCUUUGGUGCUUUUUCACCCUUUUACUCUCCCGGAGGCCUGGGCCUGUCUCUGCGAGAGGUUGGAAUGAUCAUGGCUGUCAACGGAGCCAUCGCUCUGUUUGUGCAGGCCGUCAUCUUCCCCCUGGCAGCCGAGAAGAUUGGCGUCUACCGCCUGUUUCUCCUCGUCACCGUGCUGCACCCCAUCGUCUACGCCAUCGUCCCCUUUCUCCUAUACGUUCCCGAAUCCAUCCUCUUCCCCGCCAUCUACUUCUGCCUUGCAGUACGCAACCUCCUCUCCAUCACCCUCUAUCCCCUCCUCCUCAUCCUGAUCAAAGGGGCCACCCCUUCUGCGAGUGCCCUGGGCAAGGUCAACGGCUUGGCCGCCAGCGCUGGCGCCGCCUGCCGCAUGAUUGCGCCACCCAUUGCGGGCUAUCUCUACACACUCGGCAGUCAGGUCGACUGCACCGCCUUGCCGUGGUACUGCAGCGCGCUUGUUGCCGUUGUCGGAGCCGUGCAGUGCUUCUCCGUGCCCCGAGAUCGUAGCUGCCAGCGAUCCGAGGACGACCCCGAAGACCAAAUCUCCACCGCUAGGCCCACUGAAGUCUCAGUCGAGGUUGUCGAGAUUUGAAGAAGCUCAGAGAGAGAGAGACAGUCAUAAAUUGAUGCUCUCAAAAAGGGCGAAAAGAAAGAAGUUUUAUAUCCAAAGAGCAUGAUUUAAUGGCAUCCUCUUAGUAGGAGCCGUCACAAGAGACACCACUUGCAAGUUGCAGUGGUGGAAAAAGUUAAUUAUGAAUAACAGGUCUACGCAUGAUACACCGGCAUUUUGGUUACGGAACGAGGUUCAGAUGGCUAUAUACCCCAAUGUUUCCUAUUGCAAUGGUCGGUAUCAAUUUAGGGCUACAAUUUUGGAAGGGGUUCAGGGAUGUCAAAUCGGCGCAUAGACAAUGGUGAAUUUCGGCGUUUGGGGGAACGGAAAAGUGUAUGCUUAUACUCUUUGGCAGUAUUUUUCGAUAUCUCUCUCUUGUCCUCAAAAAAUGAAGAGGACUAGAUAGCAUUAGAGAUUAGAGGAUAUAGUUAUGGAAUGAGUAUGAAUAUUAUUAUG